CAUCAAGGUCUAAAUCUGCUGUUGAUUUCCUUACCUACAAAGACAUGUUUCAGCAGAUACAGAGUGGAGACAAAGGACCAGCCAUUUAUGAGAUGUUUGCCGGUCCAGUCUAUGAGAACCUUAGAGUUUCCAGUUCCUGUGAGAAAGUAAAGGACAGACCAGUGCAGUCUGCACCGACUCGAAAGAAGAAUAAAGUCAAACAAAGACCUUUCAAACAAGCACAGACUAAGUCGAGAAGAAGUCCGGUAGAAAGUACCAUGGUUUCAGCCAAAAGCAAAACCAAAGUCGCGACACCAAGGGUGAAACCUCAUUCAACACCUGUAUCAAGGAAGGGCGCAAACAAAAUGGACGUAUUGAAUGGGUACUCAGAGGCUGGGCUACUUUCCCAUAAGGAAGUUGACAGUUGUCAUGAUACUUCUCAAGAAAAGGUUAAGUUGUCUACCAUAGAGGAGGAUCUUUCACGAUACGGGUCUGAUACAUUGAAAUUCAUUGAGAAGAAAACACCAGCAUCUUCAUCUCAUGCUCGAGAACAAAGGUUUAUGCAAGAGAAAAAUGGGAUAUCUUCGAAAGGAAACUCAAACCAAUCCGUCUCUGAGUCAUCUCUCAGCCUCCAACAACCCAAGAUCAACACUUGGACAUCCUCAAGCAGCGAUAGCAAAACCAUCAUGUCUCCAGUUUACCAGAAGUUUCUGGAUGAGGUUGGGGAUGGGCCACUUACAGAUGACCUACUGCAAUGUCUCGCAGAGGAGCUUAUUUCAUUGGAUGAGAGGGAUGUAUCCAUAGAUUCAUGUCCUGAAAGCUUGGAACCAAGGAAAGAGGAGUCCAACAAAGAUGGGGAUCCUGUAUCGUGUACAUUUUCUAAGUUUGAUAUGGUUCUGCCUGGCUCUGGGUUGGUUUUAGAUGACACCAUUACAUGGACAAAGGGUGAAGUUCUUGGGAGAGGAGCCUAUGGUACAGUGUACUGUGGUCUGACCAGCCAGGGCAGGCUGAUCGCUGUGAAGCAGGUGAGCCUGGACGCCUCUGACCCUGAUGCUGCAAAGAGAGAGUACAGUCGUCUUCAAGGGGAAGUGGAUCUGCUUAAAACCCUUCAACACAGCAACAUUGUGGGCUUCCUUGGGACCUCACUCUAUCAGCAUGUAGUUUCCAUCUUCAUGGAAUACAUCCCUGGGGGAUCCAUCGCUAGCAUCCUUCACAGGUUUGGUCCCCUGCCAGAGCGUGUCCUGGCUCUAUACACCCAUCAGAUCUUGGAAGGUGUGACCUACCUCCAUCUAAACAGGGUGAUUCAUCGUGACUUGAAGGGAAACAACGUAAUGCUGAUGCCAACUGGUGUCAUCAAGCUCAUAGACUUUGGCUGUGCACGUCGUCUCAGCUGUGUGAACCACACUGCCAGCAACAGUGGAGAUCUGCUCAAGUCCGUCCACGGGACACCUUACUGGAUGGCCCCAGAGGUUAUCAAUGAGACAGGAUAUGGCAGGAAGUCGGAUAUAUGGAGUGUCGGUUGUACUGUGUUCGAGAUGGCCACAGGGAAACCACCACUUGCUCACAUGGAUAAAAUGGCGGCCUUGUUCUACAUAGGGGCUCGAAGAGGGUUGAUGCCAUCCUUACCAGAUGGGUUUUCAGACAAUGCAAAGGAUUUUGUCAAAACCAGUUUGACAAGUGACCCAAAACUACGGCCAUCUGCAGAGCAGCUGCUUAAGCAUCCGUUCAUACCGCAAAAUGGGACUGGAGUGAAAUCUUGGCAAACACAGAAAAGGAACUGCUGUGGUCACCCAGAGGGACUCUGUGGAAAAUAAGUUUAAGGGGAUAUUUUAUGAUUUCACUGAGAUUGGGUUCUGAAAACAUUACCUGUCCCUGGCACCAGCGCUGUGUACGGCAAAAUCUGGUCUCAAGUUAUCUAAAAAAAUUGUCUGAAGAAACUGAGGGAUUUUUUUUAAGAUGAGGUUGAAAGGGAACUACAUGAGAAGCACUUUUAUAUAUUUGACUUAUUACACUAAUAGAACCUAUAAGAUGUGAAAAGAUAACAUGCCAGACUUUUACUGACUUCUUUUAGAUCAGUGGUUCUCAACUGGUGGGUCGGGCCUCAAAAGUUGAUCCCAGAGUCGAUUUCAGUAGGUCACUAAUGUGUGCCAUGAACAAGUGUCGAAAAGCCUAUGAAUUGCUUUUU